GGACGCGGCGUCCGUUGCUGGACUAAAGCGCGGACAUGAACCUGCACCAGGUGCUGACCGGGGUUGUGAACCCCGGCGACGGCUGCUUCUCCGUGGGCAGUGGCGGCGACCAGCGCUUCAACGCAUACCAUAUUUGAGGGAAAAUGAUGGAAGAGAGUGGAAUAGAGACUACGCCACCUGGGACUCCCCCACCAAACCCUGCCGGCCUGGCCACCACUGCAUCCACCCCGCUUCCUUUAGCAGCAACCUGUUCUUUUUCUUCUCCGAGUGGAUCCUCACUGCCGUCCCUGCCACCCCACACGUUCUCCACCCCGCAGCCUCCCCUUCCUCCUGGGAGGCCUGCAGCCCCAUUGGCCUUGGUGCCUCCUUCACCAGUUCCUUCUGUCCCACCACUUGUGAUGUCUGUGCCACCUGCCAUCCCUCCCCCAGCUGCCGCUGCAGUCGGCAGUCCUCCUCUGGCCCACUUUCCCCCUUCAGCCUCUGCCCCGAGUGCUCUGCUGUCUGCACCCUCUGCGGGUCCCCCUACAUCAGGAUUUGCUGUCAGUUCAACUUACGAUAUUACAAGGGGGCAUGCAGGAAGAGCACCCCAGACGCCCCUGAUGCCGUCAUUUUCUGCACCUCCAGCAACAGGUAUUUUACCAACUCCCAUUACUCAGCAAGCCAGUUUGACAUCUCUGGCACAGGCAGCUGGAACCACAUCAGCCAUUACUUUUCCAGAGGAACAGGAGGAUCCUAGAAUUAGUAGAGGUCAGGAUGAAGCAUCAGCUGGUGGACUCUGGGGUUUUAUUAAGGGUGUGGCCGGAAAUCCUAUGGUGAAAUCUGUGCUUGAUAAAACAAAACACUCGGUGGAAAGCAUGAUUACCACCCUGGAUCCUGGCAUGGCUCCAUAUAUCAAAUCUGGAGGUGAACUGGAUAUUGUAGUAACCUCAGAUAAAGAAGUAAAAGUUGCUGCCAUCCGGGAUGCCUUCCAGGAGGUCUUUGGCCUAGCUGUGGUGGUCGGAGAAGCUGGACAGUCCAACAUUGCCCCACAGCCAGUGGGCUAUGCAGCUGGAUUGAAAGGGGCCCAGGAACGGAUAGAUAGCUUGCGUCGGACCGGAGUGAUCCAUGAAAAGCAGACUGCUGUGUCAGUAGAAAACUUCAUUGCAGAAUUGCUACCUGACAAGUGGUUUGACAUUGGCUGUUUGAUAGUGGAAGACCCUGUCCACGGGAUCCAUCUAGAAGCAUUUACACAGGCCACACCAGUGCCUUUAGAAUUUGUGCAACAGGCUCAAAGUCUCACUCCCCAGGACUACAAUCUGAGGUGGUCAGGCCUUUUGGUGACAGUGGGUGAAGUUCUGGAGAAGAGUUUGCUAAAUGUCAGCCGGACUGACUGGCACGUGGCUUUCACUGGCAUGUCUCGUCGGCAGAUGAUCUACAGCGCGGCCAAAGCCAUAGCAGGCAUGUAUAAACAGCGCCUGCCGGCCCGUGCCAUUUGAAAGAUGCCUUCCUAGGAUCCUGAGGCUGCCUCAUUUUGAGCUUGGUGGUAAAGAAGAGAGAGUAUACCUUAAAUUGGAUUGCAUCAAUGAAUCAAUUUUAAUUUCCCUGUAGACUGCAGUUUUUCUUUACUAGAGAGUCAUGUGUCAUUCCAGCAGAUGAAAAGCAGAUCCUUUUUAUGAUCACAAAACUUGACAUACAUAGUUCUCAAAAAGAAAAUAUAUGAAUAUUUUUAUAGGAUGAUUUCAUGUACCAAAUUUACAAGGGGCACAUUCAUGUGCUAAGACAUUUAACUUAAUGAUACAUACUUGAUUAUUUUGUUUUUAAGAAGACAUAGUAAAUGAAGGAACAUGUUUAUUGACUAAUCUCUAAAAGCAUAAUUUCUUUUAAUUCAUGCUUCAUCCCUUCCUUGUCAGUCCUUGAUGCUUUCCGUGUGUGCACGUCUCAGGUCUGAUGUGGAGUAGUGUGCUCAGUCAUUUGCCCUCAGAAACCUGCCUGUAGGGAGAUGGUGCAUGUUUCUGUGCCUGUCUUUAGUCUGGAUCAAAACAAUGGGAUUGAUCAUUUUCUUUGGGUUAUUAUGCACUCACAUGGUCUGAAACAAAAUCUCUCUUUUUUUAAAAAUAAGUUAUGGCAUUUCACAGAUUGACACUCUGAACAUUGAGGUAGUAUCUUUUUUCAUUGCUGUAUGACCAUUAAGUGGCAAAUGAUUGAAGUGUAUUUAAAAUCAGAAGCAUUUGGGUUAUGUUUGUUCAGUACUCCUCAGUACUUCCAAGUAAACUGCCAACAGCCAUUA